CUUGUCCUCAAAUUGGCCCGAAGCCGCCUCUUCACCACCCAACCUUGGCAGCGCUCCCAACGAGAUAUGGGGAGGCCCGAGUCCCUCGCCUGGUCCCUCAGCUCCUACGCCUUCGGGCUCGUCUUUGCUUCCUCACGUGCCGAUGGGUCCACCACUCGCACCAUCUCAACAGCAGCAAGUCCAACUCCAACAGCAUCAGCAGCAUCAGCACCCGUACCUGCAGCAGCAACAGCAGCAGUCGCAAGGGUCCCAAUCCGAAACUCAAGCUGACAACGGCAUCAUGCCUCCGCAUGGGCCUCCUCGUGAUCUGCACGUCGAACCCAUCCCUGGUGCGCCCCCGGGCAAGCAACGAAAGAAAGCCCAGCCAAAGCCUAGAAAGAAGAAAAACAAGGCGGAAAAUGCUGCGUCUGGGUCCAAAAGCUCCGAAAAAGAAGCGAAAACCGAAACAACAACAGCAACAGGAACAGGAACAACAGCAGCAGCAGCAGCAAGGAGGAGGAGACGCAAUUGUCCCUGCUCCAGCUGAAAGCACUGCAACGGAGGCGAUUGAAGCGCCGCAGUCAUCUGGGGCGCUGCCCAAAACGCCUUUGGAUGGGCAAAUUCCGCAGCCCCCAGAUGCACAACCUGGUCAGGUCGCUGCUACAAUUCCGCCAGCACCAUCACACAGACUGCCACUCAGCCGUGGUCAGGCAGUCACCUCAGCACCCACGCAAACUCAGACAGCUCAAGGCGUUGACGCGCUACAAGAUGUCAUUGGCUCCUCGGGCGUGGAUCUUGGGGCCGAAGAGCACGCAAUGGGAUUGCAAGGCGCUCAGGCUUCCGGAGAGGUCCGAGCAGCGGUGUAUGCCAAUUCGAGUAGUUUCUUAGACCCAUUCACUCUAUCUGCUCGCGUCUUGCAGAUUGCUAAAAAGAACGACCUCCAAGUUGAGGGCGCUGUGCUACAGUACCUCUCGCUCGCCACGAAAUCUAGAGUCCGAAGUCUUGUCGAGUCCAUGAUCACCGCUUCUCGUCACCGCACAUGGUCCUCGCAUGAGCGAGAGCCAUCCUUCUGGGAACGCAAGAAGUCCCUGGAAGAUGGAGCGACGCCAAUGUAUCAUCAACGUAUCCGCACCGAUCCUCAAAAACAACUUCGAGCUCUGGAAAGGGUCGAACGCACCAAUGAGCAAGCCGCGAGGAGAAUCAGAUUUGAACGUGAUGAGAAGGAAGCUGCUGGGACCUUGGACGACGAUGUCGAGAUGGCCGAUGGCGGCAUCUCACGAGAGGCAACCAAGAAGCGUCCUCUCGGAGCUGCAGCUCAAGCGAAGAACAUGUCUGAAGAUGUCAGGCGUCGGCUAGCCAACAAUACUGCCGCAAGGGCUUUGGGACCGGCUGCCAACACGCCCAAGUGGAUGCAAAUGUCUGCUGCAGUGAACGCGUCGGCCGCGGCCAGUCCGCUUGCGAACCGGACCGGAAGUGUCAGCGCGGAAGACAAAGGCUCCAGCGCAGAUGUCUCUGGCACGUCGACGCCGGGAGGAUUGGGGGCGCUGCCGCGUCCACGCUUCGCUCCACAACCCAGCGGAAUACUCUCUCAAGGCUCUGUGAAGGGCUCUGGACUGAGUGGAGGGCUCAAGAAAGAGUGGAGCGGUCUUGCGCCCCAUGCGCACACGGGCCGCGUCAGUGUGACGGGCGCUGUAGACGGAAACAUCAAAUCCUCAGGCUGGGCUGAUCUAGCUGAGCGUCAGAGAGCCAAGGAGGCGGAAGAGAAGGCUAGGGCUCGGCAAGUCACCAUGCAGGAUGCUCUGCACGCCCUAGAGAUGGAAGCGCCUGCUUCGUUGGGAAGAGGAAGCGGCAGGCGAGCAUUGUAUAGAGCGAGAGCUGUUGGUUACGCAACAGAACACUCAAGAACCGACACUUGAGCGCCGUAGAGCAGUUAUCGCUUUAUCUGAGCGGCCGCUCCUCCCGGCGAACGUUAUGCGCAUCGCCUUCUUCCCACGACAACCUCAU